CUCCUCCUCCUGCACGCGACGUCACACAUCUGCUCCUGAAGAAUGAGCUGAACAGAAAAAUACGCUAGUUUGCUUUUAAGAUCUAGCAACAUGACUCUUAACCAGCCAUGCUUAUGAUUUAAAACAGGUUAUGGAGAAAUGGACGUCAACACAGAACGGACGGAAUUCCAACGUCUUGAAAAGAAAAUAACCGCUUCAACCUACUACUUCAUUAGAGGCCAAAAUGCAGUCUAGUGGAUGGAUGAAUGGACAGUACCGACAGGUUGGACCCCCUUCACAAUCCUCGCAGGCUGCUGAUCAGUUUACCCACAACACAAUGAGCCGUCAGCAAAACGGGACUGCAGUCCAACCACCACAAAGGGCUCUUUUCACCUAUCGCAAUGGAGCUUACCCUAACGGACAGCCAUCAAAUUGGCAGACCUCAGCACUACCUCAUCAGGACGUUUCUUCCUUCCUUUUUACCCGCAUGUUGCAACACUCCUCUACUAAUACACAAUGUGGAACCCCUAGUUCACUUUAUGGAUUUCAGCAAGACUUUCAUCAUCAGAACUCAUCGACCCAAAGUCCACCCAACGUGAUGGUGGCAAACGCCGCAUACUCUCAGCAAAACAUGUCAGCGCAAUGGAACCAAUCGCCUGGAGUUUACGGGAACCAUUUAAUAAGGAUACAGAACGGUAACGUUGUGCCUGAUCUCCAACAUCCUGGGGAUCAGAACGGCUUGUUUAACAGUGUAAAUGGAGAGUCAACAGCUACGUCGUGUCCACAUCAAAAGGGUGUUCACAUGGGCAAAGUGCCUGUUGCUGCACAAAGCACACAGACUGCUCAUAACCACAAUCAAAGACCAAACGGCUACGCCCCCUCCACCCCAUUACCAAGUUUUGAGUCUGCUUGUCAGUCUUUCAGAGGGACUAACUCAUUGUCAAGUGGACAGCAUUUGCCAGAUUUUAACAUGAGUCAGAACACUCCCCAAUACUCCACACAUAACAGUGGGGGACAAGCCGCCUCCUUUUGCUCAAAUUCACAUAGCAGGCAGUAUGAAACCAACCCUGAGUUUCCCUCACAUCCUGCUGCUGGUACAAAAGAGAAAAUGCACAGCCAGCAGAUUAUCGCAAGAAUCGCAGAGGAUCUACGCAGCUCUUUCCCUGCCGCCUCAGAUGCUCAUCCUCCAGCGUAUACUAAUUCACCUUACAGAGGGAAGCAGUUUGUCAGUAGGACGAAGUCUAAUCAAAAUAAGCAACCUUCGACAACCACUGUCACUGAAAGUUACCCAUCUCAGCUGGCUCAGUUGCUUCAGACCCAAUCAUCUGUGGCAAACAGCUGCCAAAGGCUUGAAAAGCUCUCAUCAGCUGCGGCAAAUGACAGCUCCAUUCACUUGUCUCCUGGUCGCACAAGAGCUGUUGCUGUUGUGCAACCAUUGUCACAUGAACGCUACCAGGUCAGCCAGCAAACCUGCAAUGAGUCUGAUGACGCAAACUUAUCAUCACAGAAAAAUGGCCCGGCCGUGCAUGUUAAAGCAGGAUCUAACCUGGAGGGCCCAAAUCAAAACAAGUCCAACGAAUCUGCAGCUCAAGACACGCAAAAACGAUUAUCUCCAGAUGACACGGGAUCGGAACUGCAAGUAGAUCCGCAUGUUGCACCACCUGCGCAACAAUUUGUAACCUCUGAUGGGCCAGUGAGCCAAAGCGAGGAUGAGGGUAAGAGUAACGCGCCAAAAAAAGCAAAUCCUGUUUUUGAGCUUUCCUCACUCCCAGCAACCCCACUGACACGAGGCACAUUAACUAAGUUGAUAGAAGUGGCUGAAAAAGAGUUGAAUGACUACACAAAGUCUAAUUCUACAAACGAUCUACUAAGCAUGUUUUGGGAUGGCAAUUGUACAAAGUUGGCAUGUCAGCUCAGGACAGGUUGGUACAGGAAUUUAAUGAGGCAUGUUCUAGAAUUCUGCCAGGAACAUGUAAGACCUGACUCUGUCAUACUGUCAUAUAUAAAGCGCAGAAAGAAACUCAAAAGCUACCAUGUCCUCCAACACAACGAACUUUAUUCAGAACUGCCCUACAAGUCAGUGUGGUUAAAUGUCGAUAAGCAGCUAGAUGAUAUUGACAAAGAGUUUGGCUUACCGCAGGCUUUGAAGCCUUGGCUUCACACGCUUGAGAGUGCCAGUCAACUAGAUCAGGUCGAGACCGAGGAGUCCAACCAGACGUCACAAAAAGAGCUUGACUCAAGCGAAGAAAAACUAGACUCCGCUGUGGAAGCAACUCUAACACAAGCUGCCUCUCUUGAUACAAUGGAGAGCGUAGAUGCCACCGACCCAUGUUACUCAUUUCAAAUCCAAGUUUUGUCUCCAAAAAAGGCCAAAGUUAUUUUUGAGCAAAUUCAAAGCAAGCUGCCACAGAGUGUGGACAAUCAGCCGGAGAGUAUCACCAUAAGCUCAGUGGAUGAUGAGCUACCUGAGGUUAUAUUUGCCCCAUUGAGUGACACAGAACUGGAGAAUGAGUCAGCCUGUCCAAUUCAACAGGUUUGCUGCAUUCCGAGGUGGAAGCAAAUGAUUUGGGGGUCAGACACAGGUUCUUUGAGUAAGUGCCAGUGUGAGAAUAAACAAAGUCAUUAUAUUACUAAGGAAAACAUGGAAGUGCAAGGGAAAGAUAACCAGCGUGUGAUCAGCUCCGACAGCAAAUUCAACUGUGGCACAGAAGAAGGGGAUCAAGUGGAGGAGGGGCAGAAUGUCAACAGUCAGGUUAUAACACUUCAUUGGCCUGAUCUGUGCGAUGAACUCGGUUACACCAUUGACUUUUCUGAAGAUGACGAUAAACCGCACUCAAAUUCUGACAAAGAACCACAGAACAUUUCCCAGAUAAGCAUAAAUAGUAGCGAUUCAAGCAUUAUACUCCUAAGUGAAAACGAAGAUGAUCUGUCCAACAGUAAAGAUGACAUUCCCGACCCGAAGCCAGACUGUGAAAGUGAUGCUGAACGAGCUCCGGAAUUGACAGAAAGUAGCCAGUCGAGCUGUUCAGACAAGAAAGAAAACAACCCGUUUCUCAAAAGUGACACUGAAAUUCAGCCGGACCCUGAGGUGGAUUGUGCACAAGACCAGUUGAAAUCAUGGAGUGUGCAGUCAUGUAAUUCGGACAUUAGUGGCAGCAGUGAAGGUGAAGUGGCCAGCAAGAUGUCAGACCUUAAGGAGAACACAACUGUGACCGAGUCAUCAAUGGAAAACAAAGAAGAACAAAGUCAAAUCAAUACGACAGAUGCCCUCCAGAACUCUAGGAGCGGUGAACACGAAACGGUUCCAAGAAAAAGAAAGAGAUCAAGCAGUCAAGAUGGAUUUUUCCCAAUUUUUAAGAAAUCUAAGAAAUGCAAAUCCCGUGAUGUGGAUUCACAGCCUGUCCUUGAGGGAGCUUCAAAAUGUGCAAUGGACUUUGUUGAUGCGACUGAUGGUGAAUUUUCACCCUCAAAGUGUAGAACUGUAGAACUGGUACUGUACGGCUCCAGACCACAAAACAAGACUGGGUCCGGUUCAAAGCCUCCAAAAGUUAUCACUGUGCAACUCAGUCCUUUGAACACAAUGUCCAGUGAAACUGCCCCACCAGGGAAACACACAGUCAAACAAAGUCUUCACGACACAAGGAGUACAAGUUUUACACCAAUGAAAAUUAGGCGCAAAAGCAAAGUGAAAACAACGUGUACUUUUUCCUCUAUAUUUGGGAGAGGUCUCAAGAAAGCUAAAACACCUGGCCCCGCUAAAACUCACCAGCUGCAAGUUUCUGAAACGAGGAUCAGGCAUGGAAAUCCUAAGACUAGCCUGAGUCUGAAGAGGAGGCUGUCCCUCUCUGAUAGACCCAGACGUGGAGAGGAGAGGACGAAGAAAGACACCGUCACACUCGGCCGGCCUGCUAAACAAAAGAGAAGUGAGGCUGAAAAUGGAGGCCGUCGUGUCCCGCCUCUCCACAUUAAAAGUGUCCUGAAGUUCAGCGUCUUACCCAAUACCUUCAACUUCAAAGAUGGUUCCAACGGGACCAUGGAAACCACCGAUCCUGCUCCAGACAUGGCUGACCUUGGAAAGAAGAGUCCAAACAGAACUGUCACGAGUGCAAGAGGUGCAUGGUUUCCAGAUCCUGAGAAGAAGUGUUGCGCCUCGACCAAAAGCGACGGCCUCUUUUCCGAGUUUCAGAAGAAAUACACGGAGAGGACACAGCUGUCCAUGGACGGCUAGCUCCAAGGACACAUGUUCUGUUGUCUUCAGACUGUUUUUAAGACAAAUAUUGGCAUCCGCCUGUGACAUUUCAUCAUCUGAGUAAUUGCGUGCCUAAAAAACGAUGACUUUUGUAUUUUUGUACUGUGGGAAUAAAUGAAUGUUUAAUACAUUUGUCUGUCAAACAAGUUUUACUGUGGUCAUGUGUGUAAAAUCUUUCAAUUACAAUUCAAAAUGUCUUUCAAUAUUUUAUGCUAUCUUCACUUUUAGAGAUAUUAUAUAUUUUUCUACAUAAAGAAUAUUUUUAAUACAAUGUUUGCAUCUUAUAUACAUUUUUUUUAAUAAGAAACAAGAAAUGUAAUCUAGUGUUUUUUGCACUGAUUUGACU